AUGGCUGGUUUCCGUUUGAUCGAUUUGGCAAAGCCAUUCCUCCCAAUCUUACCAGAAGUUGAGGUUCCUUAUGAAAAGAUCUCCUUUGAUGAUAAGAUGGUUUAUACUAUCUUCACUGGUUUAAUUUACCUUUUUGCUCAAUUCCCAUUAGCAGGUCUUCGUAAAGAUGACGUUCCAACUGUCAAUGACCCAUUGUAUUUCUUACGUGGUGUCUUUGCUGCUGAACCACAUACCGUUUUGGAAUUCGGUCUAUUACCUAUCUUUGCCAGUGGUAUUAUAUUACAAUUACUUGCUGGGUUGAAAGUUAUUAAAGUUAACUUUAAAUUGAAAGCUGACAGAGAAUUAUUCCAAUCCCUAACAAAACUAUUCUCUCUUUUCCAAUAUUUCGUCCUUGCUAACAUUUUCAUUUUCUCUGGUUACUAUGGUUCUCAUUUAUCUAUUGCUCAAAUGGUUGUUAUUAACAUUCAAAUAGUAAUGGGUGGUUUAUUUGCUUGUCUAUUAACCGAAGUUAUUGACAAAGGGUUCGGUCUUGGUGCAGGUGCUAUGAUCAUUAAUACCAUUGCUGUUUCCACUAAUUUGGUUUCCGACACCUUAGGUGUCACUCAAAUUACUGUUGAUGCGGAAGGUAACAAUGAAGCACAAGGUGCUUUAGUUAACUUAAUUCAAGGUCUAAGAGCUAAACAUAGAACUUUAUUAGGUGGUAUCAUCUCUGCUUUCAACAGAGAUUAUUUACCAAACAUGACUACUACAUUCUUGGUUAUUGCUUUAGGUGGUUUUGUAUGUUAUUUACAAAAUUACCGUUAUGAGAUUGCCAUCAGAUCUACAAGAGCUCGUGGUACCAAUCAAAUGUACCCAAUUCAAUUGAUUUACACUGGUUGUCUAUCUGUUAUCUUCUCUUAUGUUUGCUUGUUUUACAUUCAUAUCGGUGCCUUCAUUUUAAUUCAAAUUGUUGCCAAGAACAACCAAGAAAAUAUAAUCUGUAAAGUACUAGGCCAUUACGAAAAUGUUAACAACAUUAUUGCUGCUCCAACCUUCCCAUUAUCAAUGUUAACCCCACCAAGAUCUCUUAUUGGUGGUCUUACCGAACAACCAUUGUCCUUUGUUGUUUACACUUUGUUCAUGGUUUCUACUGGUGUUUGGUUUGCCAGUAAAUGGCAAGCUAUCUCUGGUAGAUCUGCCCAUGAUAUUGCCAGAGACUUCAAGGAACAAAGUAUUACUUUGUUAGGUCGUAGAGAACAAAACAUGGCCAAGGAACUAAGCAAAGUCAUCCCAACUGCAGCUUCUACUGGUGCAGCUAUUCUUGCUAUAGUGGCCGUUAUUGGUGAACUAUUGGGUCUAAAGGGUAAAGGUGCUGGUAUUGUUGUCGGUGUUGCCGGUGGUUUCUCCUUGUUGGAAAUUGUUUCCUUAGAUUUCCAACAAAAUGGUGGUGAAAGUAACUUAGGUAAUGUUUUACAAGCUGGUAUGGGUCUAUAG